CCCCGGGAGCCGAGGCCGCGGGUGUCGGGCACGAGCGGCGGGUGCGCGCGCAGGCCGGCUCCCCUCCGGGCAGGCAGCUCCCUUAAAGGCCGGCGCCAGCCCCCCCCCGCCCCGCGGAAAAUGUCGGUGUCCCCCGUGAAGCGGCAGAAGAUGGAGUCGGCGCUGGACCAGCUCAAGCACCACACCACGGUGGUGGCCGACACCGGGGAUUUCAACGCAAUUGACGAGUACAAGCCCCUAGAUGCCACCACAAACCCAUCUCUGAUACUAGCUGCGGCUCAGAUGCCAGCUUACCAGAAACUUGUGGAUGAUGCGGUUGCAUACGGAAAAAAACUUGGCGGGUCAGAAGAUGAGCAAAUACAAAAUGCUUGUGACAAACUUUUUGUAUUAUUUGGAGCUGAAAUAUUGAAGAGGAUACCUGGCCGCGUGUCCACAGAAGUAGAUGCAAGGUUGUCCUUUGAUAAGGAAGGAAUGAUUCAGAGGGCCCGGCGUCUUAUUGACCUUUAUAAGGAAGCAGGAAUUGGUAAAGAUCGGAUUCUCAUAAAGCUCUCUUCAACAUGGGAAGGAAUCCAGGCUGGCAAGGUUCUGGAAGCAGAGUAUGGGAUUCACUGCAACAUGACCUUGCUGUUCUCCUUUGCCCAGGCAGUUGCCUGUGCUGAAGCUGGGGUUACUCUGAUUUCCCCAUUUGUAGGACGCAUCCUGGAUUGGUAUGUUGCAAACGGAGAUAAGAAAACCUAUGAACCUUCAGAGGAUCCAGGAGUGAAGAGUGUCACUAAGAUCUAUAACUACUACAAAAAGUUUGGCUACAAAACUAUUGUGAUGGGUGCUUCAUUUCGAAAUACAGGAGAAAUAAAAGCACUUACAGGCUGUGACUAUCUCACUAUUUCACCCAAGCUUUUGGCAGAGCUCAGCAAAGAGCAUGUCAAGCUAACUCCCACGCUCAGUGUUAAAGAUGCUCAGGCAUGUGAUCUUGAGAAGAUCCACCUGGAUGAGAAGGCAUUCCGUUGGCACCAUAAUGAAGACCAAAUGGCUGUGGAAAAACUAUCUGAUGGGAUCAGAAAAUUUGCUGCAGAUGCAAUAAAGUUGGAGACAAUGUUAAAGGAGCGAAUGUUCAGUGCUGAAAAUGGAAAGUAGAAAAUUCAGAAUUCUCCUGACUUGUCAAGGCUGAAUGAGUGGAUCACCAGAGGUUAAAUGGAUGUACAAAUGUCUUACCUGUAAAAGUCUUAUGCUGUGUAUGCAUAGAUUUCUGUAUUAUGCUUUUUUAUCAAAUUGCAAAGGGACAAAUAACUUCAAUUUUUUUGUGGCACUUUUGUCAAUACAUGCCAAUUAACACAUA